UAACAGAUGGUUUAGCUUAGCAGUGAUUUCCAGACUGAGUACUGCAUGGGAUAUUUUCACUUGGGUGCCCUCAUUGUGGAUUGUUAUAGCACAUUCUCAGGCUGGUUUAUUCUUGUCUGUUUUGGAGCUGCAGCACUGAGCUCUACUCUUUGGAGCAGUGGUGAGAGCACCAGGGCACCCCAUCUGGACCAGGCAUACAGAUAAAAUGUGGGCCACUGCAAAAGUGAAGCUAGUCUUACUUGCACUCCAGCUGUGCGCAUUGUUCCCUUCUCUUUUCACAAUGGAAGUUCACAAUCUCCUGUCAUCAUCAUCAUCAUCAUCCCGCAUAUCAGGCAUCCUACGACAAGGGUUUACAGAUCCUUCAAUAAAUGAAAUCUACUUUCUGACAACAUUUAAACUUCACCCAAAGUCAACAGCCACAGUGUUUGGCCUCCAGUCAUCAACAGACAACACAAAGUACUUUGAAUUUUCAGUAAUGGGUAGAUUAAAUAAAGUUGCUUUACGUUACCUGAGGAUGGAUGGUAAGGUGAACUCAGUGACUUUCAACAACGUUGAGUUAGCUGAUGGACAGCGACAUGCUGUACUACUAAGGAUAGCAUGUCUUCCACAGGGAUCCUGCACAGCAGAGCUUUAUGUUGACUGUAAACAAGUGGAUACAUUGAGAAGUCUGCCCAAGGCUUUCCAAGGUCUUCUGCAAAGUUAUAGCCCCAUACAACUGCAGACUCUUCAACGAAGGACUGAGGAUGACAUGUUGGAGGACCUGAGACUAGUAAUAGGAGGUUCCCUUGCUGAAAUAACACCCCUGCAGGACUGUCUGUUGCAGCAAAGUGAUCCUCACCAAAACAUAGUUUAUAGUGGUGGGUCCAUCUCAGGUGAUGUCGGGAAACUCUUGGUUGUCCAAAUUACUCAACUGAAUCAAAUGUUAGGAGAAAUAAAGGAUAUCUUGAGGCAGCAGGUAAAAGAGACAACUUUCCUGAGAAACACUAUAGCUGAGUGUAAAGCCUGUGAUUUAAUGAGUAUCCCAGAUGAUGAAUAUGCAAAUAAAAUUCCAAAUCCGACUCAGCGUCCAACUGUACCACCACCACCAGUAACACCAUCCACUCCUCCCGCAACGCCUCCGCCUAGACCUAAACCUAGAUGCACUUCUGUUUCAUGUUUCCGAGGUGUAAAAUGUACUGAAACAGUGGAUGGAUUCAAAUGUGGUCCUUGUCCAGAAGGCUAUAUAGGAAAUGGUGUGACCUGUACAGACAUUGAUGAGUGUCGGUACAGUCCUUGCUUUCCUGGAGUCCGCUGUGUGAAUUCUGCCCCCGGUUUCCGAUGUGAGUCAUGUCCUCCAGGAUACACAGGACGAAUUGUCCAUGGAGUGGGAAUUAACUACGCAAAGGCAAACAAACAGGUUUGCGUUGAUAUUGAUGAGUGCAAUGAAGGCAGACGUGGGGGAUGUGUACAACAUUCAAAAUGCAUCAACACUAUGGGCUCAUUUUAUUGUGGAAUUUGUGAACCUGGAUACAUUGGAGACCAGUUACAAGGCUGCAAACCGGAGAGAAGCUGUGGAAAUGGAGCAAUUAACCCUUGCAGUAUUAAUGCAGAGUGUUCUGCGUCUAGGUCUGGAGCUGUGACCUGUACUUGCAACAUUGGCUGGGCUGGUGAUGGCUACAUAUGUGGUAGAGACACAGACAUUGACAGUUUUCCUGAUGAAGAGCUAAGCUGUCUUGCACCUACCUGUAGAAAGGACAACUGUAUCUACGUUCCAAACUCUGGACAGGAGGAUGCCGACAGGGAUGGAAUAGGAAAUGCCUGUGAUGAAGAUGCAGACGGAGAUGGUAUUUUCAAUGAACAGGAUAACUGUGUGUUAGUAUCAAACCCUGAUCAGAAGAACAGUGACCAGGAUAACUAUGGAGAUGCCUGUGACAACUGCCGUAUGGUAAUCAACAAUGAUCAGAGAGACACUGAUGGUGAUGGCAGAGGGGACAUCUGUGAUGAUGACAUGGAUGGAGAUGGUAUCAAAAACUUCCUGGAUAACUGCCAGAGAGUCCCAAACCGUGACCAAAAGGACAGAGACAAUGACGGUGUAGGAGAUGUGUGCGACAGUUGCCCUGAUGACAGCAAUCCAAAUCAAUCUGAUGUAGACAAUGAUCUUGUUGGAGAUUCCUGUGACACAAAUCAAGACAGUGAUGGAGAUGGUCACCAGGAUAGCAAGGACAACUGUCCAAAUGUCAUUAACAGCUCUCAGCUGGACUCUGAUAAGGACGGCAUUGGCGAUGAGUGUGAUGAUGAUGAUGAUAAUGAUGGUAUCCCAGAUCUCAUUCCACCCGGUCCUGAUAACUGCAGACUGGUGCCUAACCCAGGACAGGAGGAUGACAACGAUGAUGGAAUUGGUGAUAUCUGCGAAGGUGACUUUGACCAAGACAAAGUAAUUGACAGGAUCGAUGUUUGCCCUGAAAAUGCAGAGAUCGCACUGACUGACUUCAGAGCUUAUCAGACUGUGAUUUUAGAUCCUGAAGGUGAUGCUCAAAUUGAUCCAAAUUGGGUGGUUCUGAAUCAGGGGAUGGAGAUUGUGCAGACAAUGAACAGUGAUCCUGGACUUGCUAUUGGUUACACUGCUUUCAAUGGGGUGGAUUUUGAAGGCACCUUUCAUGUCAACACUGUGACAGAUGACGACUAUGCUGGCUUUAUAUUUGGUUACCAAGACAGCUCCAGUUUCUAUGUGGUGAUGUGGAAACAGACAGAGCAGACAUACUGGCAAGCUACACCAUUCAGAGCUGUUGCUGAGCCUGGUAUUCAGAUGAAGGCAGUUAAAUCAAAGACUGGACCAGGAGAAAAUCUAAGAAAUGCUUUGUGGCACACUGGAGACACCUCAGACCAGGUCCGGUUGCUAUGGAAGGACCCCAGAAAUGUAGGUUGGAAGGACAAGGUUUCAUAUCGUUGGUUCUUGCAGCACAGACCCCAAGUUGGAUACAUCAGGGCAAGGUUUUAUGAAGGCACGGCACUUGUAGCAGAUACUGGUGUCACCAUCGACACCACUAUGCGAGGAGGAAGGCUUGGUGUAUUCUGCUUCUCCCAGGAGAAUAUCAUUUGGUCCAACCUGAAGUAUCGAUGCAAUGAUACUAUACCAGAGGAUUUUCAAGACUUUCGGGCACAGCAUAUCAGAGAUGAAGUUCCCCUUUAAAUAGCAUCAAAGACUCUAUCUAUGAACAGGAAUCCCAAGCCAAUAAGCAACAUGAAUGAAGUUGUGUAAUUAACGAUAUGUUAAUAAAGUAAAAAGCAAAUAUUUCUGUACUGCAUUGUGUAAGGUAAAAUCAAACAGUACUGUGUUAAUUAUGCAAUUGUUAAAAUAAAACUAUAUUGUUAAAAAGAGA